GGUGACCCCGGCUCCGGUCACGGCCCGGCCGGGAGUCGCGCGGCCCGGGCCCCGGGGCGGCGACUCGCCGGCCGUGGCUGCUAACGGGCGGCCCGCCAGCGACGCUGCUCCGUCCGCGGCCACAGUCCCCAGGCCCCGCCGCCCUCCUGCAUCGCAAGCGGCAGCCCGGGCUGGCGGCGUUUGGCCUUCACGCGCGGCCGCACGCGGUACAAUUAUCCCUUUGAAGAUGAUAUACUUGUCUCUAUGGAAUCAUUGACUUAUGAUACACCCAUUGGACCACAGCUAUGGGGUGAUAUGUCAGAAAAAAACAUUAAUGAAUGGAAGAAAAAACUACAUAAGAGGGCCACACAAUGUCAAAAAAUCACAGAAUCACGAAAGCAAUGGAUCUCUGAUUUUGAAGAUGAAGAUUUAAAAGUACAUCAGGUCUACAAACUCAACAUGGAAUCUGAAGUGCAAACUGGAUUCUUUCUGGCUCAUAGAUUACCGACAGAACCUGCUAGGAAAUCCUUUAUAGACUCCUAUGAAGAGAUUCAAGUUGCUGACACAGAUACCGAAAGCGAAGCUGAUUUGGUUUCGAUUAGAAGAAAAUUUGAAAAUGUUAACCUCAAGGAGGACAUUCUACUUGUAAACCCUUCUGAGCUGGAAAUGAGAGAGAAAGUCAGAGUUCGUGUGGAUGUGAUAGUACAAGAUGAUGAAAGAAACAUCCCUAAAUGGAUUAUGGUUGCACCUGGAGAAAAAUCAAAGCGUCUCCACGUAACAUCUCCAUGGCAAGACUUGAUGGGUAUGACUAAAUCUCCAGUUGCAGAUAAGAUAACUGUACCCAGACAUGUACCUUUUCUGGAAAAAAAUGAAACGGGCUAUGAUAGCUUCAUGGAAGAGUACCAGUCUGCAAAUGAAGAAUGUUCCUGGAACAACGUCACACUUGCAGAUUUGUAUCCAGGAAUGGUGGAGACACUUAGCAAGUUGAUGAACAAACACUCUCAGAAAAAAGCAGCUGAUUCCAUAAUCAGACACUACAAAUACAGAGGAUGGCCUCCUAGAAAAUCAAAGCUUAAUGUCACCAUAGAAAGAAUAAGAAGGUUCAGGACAUCUAAAUUGAAGCCUAUGCUGCCUAACACAAAUAGUAAUGAUCAUAAAUUGCCUGUUGGAAAUAAUUUAAAUGAGAGUAACCAGCUUGUUCAAGAUGGCAAAUGUCCAACACAGUGUGUGACUAAUGGUGAAUCUGGUGUGGUAUCUUACCCACAUGUUAAUACGAGUGAAAUGGAAAUAGAUUGGCCUGGAAAUUUAGAAGAUAAUUCAUACAUUCAAAGAAUAGACCAAAACAUCUCAGAGUCUGUUUUUCCAAAUGUUACUGCUAGAACAGAAGAAACAUUUUUAACUGAGGGUCCAUCUCAGACCACCAUGACAUUACAUGACUCAAAAGGCACCCCAAAUGAGAAGCUGCCUGAAGUACUUUCUCUGGGAUGCUCUUCUGUAACUUGCACAACAUCUUCUUGUCUCAUGAAAGAGAGCAAGAAUGGCAAAAUUGACAAUACAGCUUCCGAUGGUACAUCAGGGUUCCACUUGUCCACUUGCAACUUGAAUGGUGAUGCUAAUACCUUUCCACCACUUAACAACUAUUCUCUAGUAAGAACAUCAAAUGCAUUAGUCAGAAAUCCUGAAAUAAAAACAUUCAGGGGAGGUGUUUCACUGCAGCGCAGUCAUUCUUUUUCCUCACUUCCUGUGAAUCAAAGUCCAGUCAAGACUCGCCAGAAAUGUGAAGAAGAAUUUGAAAAACUUUACCAGAAGCUGUGCCCCAAAGAACUUCAGAAACCUCUUAAGAUUAGAAAGCCUCCUUCAAACCCUAAAGAAAAAGAGAGACUAAUCAAGUCCUACUUCUGUAAUUCUGUAAAGUCUCAUAAAAAAUGUGAUAGUGCAUUUGAUGAGGUUUAUCAGAGAUUGUGUUCCGAAGGGUUUCCAAAACUGCCCACAUUUCUCAGAGCUUCGAACUUACGGAAAUAUGAAGGCAUACAGAUGUCAAAAACUGUAAAUGCUUUAAUUAACUCACCCAUACGAACUUUACCUGCCGUUACCAGAAUUAAAAGAGUAGCAGAUUUCCACAAUGAAGAUCUUUUGUCUUCACCUGUAAAGAGACUGAAAAAUAUACCUGAAGAUUUUUUUCCUAGAGCAAGUAAUCAGUCUCCUCAUAGAAAAAAUAUUAAUCCUCAGACAACUGGCCUGGAUUUCUCAAGUGUGAUGGAUGGGAUUGUUCCUGGCAUAUUUGAUAGCCCUAAUUGUCAAAGUCAGGCAUCUGAAAACUUUGAUUCUGGGUUUCAUACAUCUUCAGAUCACACUUUUCCGGUUAGUCCAAGUAUUUUUGUGCAAGGGUAUCCAGAAAACUCAACUAGAAUAAUGGGAGAGAGAAAAGCUCAGGCGUUCUUUUGGGAAGAUUUCAUCGCUAAAGAUACACAAGGAGCAUUUCUGGAAGGCUACAGAGAAAAUAUUAUUUUAUAAAUUUGUAAAGACAUCAGACAUUUUAUUUAACCAUUGCAAUCUGAAAAUUGCAUUUAUUGAUAGGGAGGGAGCUGAGGAAUAGUGCUCUAGUGUAUAGUUAGUCCUGCUAUGUACUUUCUCUCUCAUCCAAAAUAAUUCCUUGGAGACGAGUUUUGCCUUCAGCCAAGGUGGGCAGGCAGGGCACCUUUCCUUAAUGAGGAGUCAUUCAUUUGGCCCCAGAAAUCCACUGGAGGGAAUCAAGAUGCCUUCUUUGGUCUGAGUUAUUUGUUUAACUUUUAUAUUUAGUAGUGUUCGUCAUAAUAGAUGCUUGUGAUUUGCAUUUUUUCUGUUUGCUUAUAGACAUGGAUUUUAGUAUGCUAAUAAUAACGUACCUUGGCUUUGUAUUCGACCAGAAUUCCUAGCCUCUCCUGUCCACCCCUGCUUUAUAUAUGCACAUUAUUAGGCUCCUGGAAACACUGGUCUGGAUGGUCCAAAUGCAGUAUAAUGUAUUAUGACUUUGUAAUGUGGCUGUACUAUCAGAUACGAGGUUUUAAUGUUUAAUUUUCAGUGCAUUUCAUCAUAAAUCUUAAUUGCUUAAUAAAUUUUUUAUACAUUA